AUGAACUCAUACCCUCCCGAACUUUUGGCCCAAUUGGCACCGGUCAUGUUUGUUGCGGGACUUGACCUCCCUCCAGCACCUCCCCCGGCAUCCCCAAGUACCCCUGCACCCGUAUCGAAACCUCACGAUGCAUUUCAAGUCCUGACCCUUCGCCUCCGAGAGGCACUGUUGGCACAACGAAAGGUAGCUAUCUGGCAACCGGAAAAAAAUAAAUCCUUCCAAGUCAUCCUAGUUGACAGGGACGUGAAAUUUCCUCCAAGAAAGCUAGUUGCGCCUGAUGAUCCCCAAUACUCCGCUGCACAUUCUCCUCUAUCUCCUCUCACACCUACUUCCCCACUUCACCCUGAUGGACUUAUUGCUCCGAUUUGGAUAAGAAAGCACACCUCUCUUUUACCCUCUGUUUUUGUUUUGUUCCUACGCAUCUUCGAAUAUCCUCCGCACGUUUCACGGACACCUUUAGACUUGCCAGAUGCCGAUCGAGAGCGUGACCGAGAAACAGAAGAAAGGAAAAAGGAUACUGAACUUGCCGCAGAUGUUGCUGCGAGGAAGAAGAUCACGAACGAACGUGGCAUCAAGCUUACGGUGGUUCUUAUGGCCAGUAGAAAGAUGUUAGAUGACCCAUCUCUGGAUGCUAGACUGACAUUUAUUAGAAGACAAAGUGGGCUCGACUCUAGAGCCGCACUCUUCGUUCUUAGCCCCGUGAGCGCAUCUGAACUCAAUGAAUUUGUCAGAAGCCUCCAGCAAGCUCUAUACGAACCAGCAGUCGAAUAUUACACAGCUCACUCAAAGCGUGUUAGAAGAAAGCGAAAUAGACAUUCUCAAGCCAUCUCUUCAUAUCCCAACACGGCAGUGGCCUUGGGAGGGCUCCCCAUCGCACGUCCUCUUCGUCCAGAAGGAUGGACAGUUCGUUAUGAAUACAAGAUGGCAUGUUUCGCGGAAUUUAGAAGUGAAGACGAGGUCGCAUUGAAACAUUAUCAGGAUGCGUAUGAAAUGCUUACCAUAAUGUUUGGUUCUACAGCAAUACUCCCUCCUCGUACAAAACGAUGGGCAGAAGCCAAGGUCCUUGCUGAUUGUAUCAACAUAAAGAUCGUUAAAUUAUAUCUGUACAAUAACGAGCAUGCGCUUGCUCUUUCUCAUCAUAACGCGCAUAUCCGAGUAUUUGGCGAUUUCUCUAGGGGAUGGGGAAUCGGGGAAGAAACCUUCGAAUUUUGGAGCUGGAUUGCACGGCAACAUCGUGUUCUUGCGGAGCUUCUAGAACAAGGGACACGAUCUAACUUGGUGCUCCCUGUACAUAAACCUGUUCCAGCAAGCGCUGCCGCCUCCCAGCAGACUACAAGGCCAUCACAUAAUGUUGAAUAUGAUGCUGUGCGGUCCUUGGGCAUCAAUCCAAGUCAUGCUCUGCAGCAUCCAGGGUUUUAUUAUUAUGUGGCAGCAAGGUGCACGGAGAUGCGCAGAGAGAGAUUCAUGGCCAUUGCCGAUGCCGAGCUAAGUCAAAAACCAAUAGCGCUUUCUCCUGGUUAUUCCAAUGAGAAAAAGGUUGAACAUCUGGCCAUCAUCAAUGAGCUAUAUACAAAAGCAUAUGAACUUUUCAAAAAAUAUUCUUCGGCAUCGAAUCAAGGCCAAGGGCGUUUGACGCUAUGGAUUGCGUACAGAAUCGCACAAACUUACUAUGAGGCAGGAAAAUUUGAUAUGGCAGUUCGGUUCUUUGAGCGAAUAGCCAAAACGUAUAGACGCGAAAGGUGGAACUCUAUGUUAAGGCCUCUUUUGUCAACGUGGUAUGCCUGCGCUCAACAGUUGGGUGAUGUUGAACUGAGCAUCAAAUUGUUGGUGGAAAUGUUGGGUCAUGAUGCUACUGACCUUGAAGACUCGGAUUCACUGGAAGAAGAUUUGGUAACGGUAUUAAAGAGUACUGUGCCUGCAACACCCGAUGAAACGCUGGUAAUUGAUCUGGCGGAUGCACAACCCAUAUUUGACUCGGAUGUCAUUUUCUGGUCUCCUGAAGUCAAAGUUGGGGAACAGGUUGCCUUCCAGGUAACAUUGACCGCUCCAAGCACAAUAGGCAUUUCAUCAAUACCAUUUUCUUGGGUUGCGCUUCACUUUGGCGACGACGUCUCUCCAGUGAUCGUCGAGCAUCAAUCCUCGGAGAAAAAGGAUGACGUCCAGGUUGUACAAAUUGGACAGGUCAUAAUUUCGGAGAACGAACGUCCUACUGUGAAAGCUGACCUGCGCUGGUCGAAAGCCGGCUCGAUCAUCUUCACGGGUUCAAUAUCUUCUGAACUUUCAUCCAUCGUACUUUCUAUCGAGGAGAAUGGUUGGAAAAUCAAUAUCACGUCUGAGCCGCGUGCAGCACGCUCUAACCCAAGGUUACCUGCGAGAUGGCUGAGCUCCCUUGAUCCACUUAGGUUUAUCCAUGCCCCGAGAGAAGACUAUUCAUCCACCCUGGUAAAACUUCGAGAACAUCAUUUGCAUAUCGCCUUCCACCACCGUUCUCCUUCAUACCUCGAUGAGGAUUACCCGAUAGAAGUUGAAGUGACAAACACUGACACUCGCGAGUUGGACGUGAUUGUGAAUUUUUUGCUCCAGCCGACGGAAAUUGACGACGCAGUCAACUGGAUGGUCGUUGACGACGUGCGAUCUACAAGCCUGGUCAAAGGCAUUCAUUUAGGUGUCCUUGUUCCCGGAACAAGCGCAGUAAAAACUCUACACCUCUUUAAUACAGGGGCUGGUGGGGAUAGAGUGGUAGAUGUUUCUGUUCAGACACGAACUAAAAUAGCUUUGAAGACACCCGACGAUGAAAGGGAGGAUGAUGGGGACAAUGAUGGUCCGGAGACAGAGGCAGAUGACGAAGGCCGCACGGAUUCCAGAAAUGACACUAUGGAGCAUUUGAAGUUACUCGUCGUGCCGACAGUCAAAGCGAUUCAAAUCACGAAUAACGUUGUUUACCGACGAGCUUUGGACCCGUGGUCAGGCUUGGCCGACCUCAGGACAUUCGACGAAUCUUUCUGGGACAGCCGGCAGGGAGGCGAGGCUCUGGUGAACUUUGUUAUGACGUGUGCUGGACCUUGGAGCAUUAUCAUCCAGCGUAUCGAGCUCGAACGUCUAGACAAUUCGCACGCGUAUAUUAUCAAUUCGUCGACCGAUAUUGACGACGAAGAAUACCUGGCCGGCGACGAGUAUUGUGCAAGCAGCCGGAUUGCCUUUUCUCUCAAUGAGGAAGAAGACACAAAACAGGAAGUAAUUGAAGGUCCGGGGCGUUACGUUGUUACUUGGCGCAGGUAUGUCUCGUCCCAUGAUCUCAGAGUGUUUCAAAAAGGCGAAUUGGGGCCUACAGCUGUCAGUUUCUUCCCUUUGCCAUCACUUCAGCCACCUUUAAAUGAUCUGGUCGCCCUUCUCGAUGUGCCGCCCAAAGCCACUCUGCAUGUCCCUGUGUCAUUUUCUAUCACGAUUCGCAAUUAUCAUCCAACACGAUCUGCAAACAUUGUUGUACAAUUGGAGGGCGAUUCAUUAGAUGCAUUUGUAGUGUCAGGACUACGCAACGCUCGUGUGCCUGUCCUUCUUCCUGGAUCCGAAGAGAAACUGGUGUGGAGGAUGAUACCAAUCGAGUGCGGGUAUGUGAAGAUACCACGGAUCAAGGUUAUAGAUAGACGAAAGCCCCUCUCACCGUCUCAAAGCGCUGGGGAACCUGGAGUACCUGCUGACGUUUCUACUGGGGAUACUAUCAAGGUCAUUGAUCUUAGAUGGGAUGCCCGGAAAGCCUCUGCAGUGCAUGGCGAUCCCGAGUCUGCCAUGCCGAAAGAAACGAGUGCGGAAGAGGCAGAUGAGAAGCCUUUUACGAUACUUGUGUUGCCUUGA